AUGAGACUUGACGAACAGCAAAAUUCCUAUGAGAAACGUAUUCGGGAAAAGGAUUUGGAGCUAGAACGGGCAUUGAAUAAACAGCAGCAGGUGUUCAAUCAUCGGAUGCAGGCCUUUCGAGCGGAUCGACUUCGACCGAACGCGAACUCGACGGUGAUACCAAACGUGAAUGCGGUGGCGGAGCAAAACGCUCAGGGAAUUUCUCACCAGAUAGAGCAACAGUUAUCGGCGAUGGCGGAGAAACAAGCGCUAGAGUUGCAGCAUCUCGAGAGACGUCUUCUUUCACAGUUUGGUGUGGGAAAUUUUGUACCAAGUCCGGGAAAUAAUGCUACGCAAAUAAAUUCUGUUGCGCAUGAUUCUGUUUCUGACUCCAGUAAUAGUUCUUCGUUCGAUGAGCCGCAGGAGCCAAGCAGAAGUCAGCUGGCAGCCCGUUCAGCGAUUUCGAAGGAGUUACCUUUAUUUACGGGAGAUCCGGAAGAAUGGCCGCUAUUUUUUGCAAGCUUUGAGAGCUCUACAAGAAUAUGCGGAUUUACGGAGGAAGAGAAUUUGCUUAGAUUACAACGCAGCUUGAAAGGAAAGGCGCUAGAGGCGGUUCGUAGUCGUUUGUUGUACCCGUCUGGACUAAAAGGUGUAAUGAAAACGUUGCGAACAUUGUUUGGCCGUCCGGAAGUAGUAGUACACUCGUUAAUUUGUCGUAUCAGAGAUAUGCCGUCGCCAAAGGCGGAGAAACUGAGUACGCUCAUUGAUUUUGGUGUUGCCGUUCAGAACAUGUGUGCUAUGAUUAAAGCAUGUGGCUUGCAAGAACAUUUAUGCAACGUGGCUCUGCUGCAAGAAUUGGUGGAAAGGUUACCUUCAAGUAUAAAGUUAACGUGGGCGAUGCACCGUCAGAAAAUGAAUACAGCUACAUUAUCUGAUUUCAGCGACUGGCUCGAAACAUUAGUCGAAGCGGCUUGUAUUGUCACUAUUCCUACUACUUUGUCUGCAAGCGGAACCAAAACGGAUAAACGUGGUCGCAGAGAGGAUAUACACGUACAUGCUGAAGCUAGUUGCAGUGUUCCGCUGCAGCCAAAUCUGAAGUCUGCGAAGACAUCCGUGAAAGAAUGCAUCAUUUGUCGUGGAGUUUGCAGCAGUGCUGCCGGAUGUAAGGCGUUUCAUAAUCUCUCAGUAGGCGAUCGAUGGAUGACGUUGAGAAAACAUAAGCUUUGCCGCAAAUGUUUGAAAAGGCAUUUCGGGGCAUGCGAAGUCAAAAAAUCAUGCGGCCGGAAUGGUUGCUUAUAUAUGCACCACGAAUUACUUCAUGAUGAUUCCAGAUAUCAACAGAGAUUAGCUCAACCAACAAUACAGCAAACAGUAAGCCAGAAUUCACACAACGAUAACGUUGGAAAAGUUCUAUUUCGUUAUGUUCCAAUUACGGUUCAUGGUCGUACGAAGUCUAUAAGAACAUACGCCUUCCUGGAUGACGGAUCGUCAGCCACCUUGAUGGAGCAUAGUCUCUUGAAGGAGCUUCAACUGGAUGGUGAACCGCAGCCGCUUUAUCUGAAUUGGACAUCUAAUCAGCAUCGCGAGGAAAAGGAUUCUGUCAAACUUGCACUGCAGAUUUCAGGAAUCCAAAGCGCGAGCAAGACACAUCUGAUACCAAAAGUUCACACUGUGCAUCAUCUAGCAUUACCGCGCCAAUCGUUAUCGUUCGAAAACAUGAAACUCCGAUACGGUCACCUGAAAGGACUCUCCAUCGAUUCAUAUACAGAUGUGUCUCCCAGAAUCCUGAUAGGAAUCGAUAACUGUCACUUGGGUCAUGCAAUCGAUAGUCGAGAAGGAGAUGUAGAUGAACCUACAGCAGCAAGAACACGACUUGGCUGGCUUGUAUACGGACCCUGUAAGGUCGGACCCCCAUCAACGGAUCAUGCAGCGUAUCACAGUUUCCACAUAUGUUCUUGUAGCAAAGAAGCCGAUGAAAGUGUACAAAAGGCAGUUAAAGAGUAUUUUUCGCUGGAUAGUAUUGGUGUAGCGGUUCCGUCGAAGCUGAUAUUAUCGAAGGAAGAUGAAAGAGUGGUCAAGCUGUUAACGUCGCUCACACAGUUCAAGGGUAGCAGAUAUGAGACGGGAUUAUUAUGGAAGUACGAUAACUUUCACUUACCGGAGAGCAGAACGAUGGCAACUAAGAGACUGAUAUGUUUGGAGAAACGGUUACAAAACGACUCGCAGUUUUGGAAACCAUGA